AUGAGUGUCAAUCUCAUGUCUGCAUCUGCCAUAUUAAAAAACAUAUUUGAAUUUAUAAAGAUCUUGAACCUUGCUUCUCAUGAAAGUGUGGCACUGUGGGAUGAUCUGUCUUUGACGAACGCUCUCGACUGGGUUGAUUACUGCCAAGAGCUGUACACAGAAAUCAAAGGUCAGGACUUUGAACAAGAUGUCAAUAGCCAGAUGCGGCAGAUGGUGGCAUUUCUGGAUCCCGUAUCAUGUCUGGUGCUGUCAGUGGACAGUCUGGGCUGUGCUAGGACUUUGCUUGUUGAGGCUUUGAUAUCUAAUCCCAGAUUCCCCUCAUCAUCACAGGAGAGACUCUAUAAAAUUCUGGCCAAAUGUCCUGAAGGCUUGAAAAUCUUAAAGGAGGUGCAGCAGAAAUGUUCUGAAACCACAAGUUGUCUGCAGUUAUGUACAGAUGUGCUGAGUUCAUUGACUGACAGAAGCGAUUACUUGCCAAGCUUGAGAUGUGAUCUUCAAGCCAGUAUUUUAAUGGACAGUAUCGUUGAAGUUGUUAAACACAUUAAGAAAGGGGAGAGGUUUGACAAGUACUGCCAGUGUUUUUACAACAAGCUAACCCAGACACAGGAAGGAUGGAAUAUCCUAGUGCACUUAUUCACAAAGGAGGUCAGUGAGUUUCCUGAGGAGGGCACACACCAUCAAGACAAGAUCCUGAAAGCCUUCCUUACUAGGGUGAAAGAAGGAAUGGAGGGGGAUAUCAGUACAAGCAAGUUCUGGACUGUUCCGGUGGCUACACUAACCAAGGCAUCCUGUGUGAGUGAGCAGUUCUUUCUGACCUACUUAGAUGCUCUCUUGGUCCUGGGAGAUUCCUACCUGCCUUACAUUCAGCACGGUUUUCUUUCAUGGAGAUGUGAAGAGCACCUGACCAUGAAAGAGCUUUGCCAACAUUUUCAAAAACUCUUAGAGUCUACAACCUCUUCUUCUCCAGACAGAAAAAUGAGGAUAUUAGGUGCGAUAACUGACCGAGCAAGAGGUUCAGAGUUCACUGUCUGGCAGGAUCUUGUGCGAAAUCUGAUGCGCUUGUUUAAACAAGGCUGA